CUGUAAAAGCUCUCUGUGUGUGGUUAUUGAGCCCAUUUCUCGUUCGCUAUUAUCAGGUGGUGGUGGUCCGGUGUCGUCGUCCUGCUUCAGCUCUAAGCAUCGUACACGAAUCGAAGCCUAAAACGCAGCGUUUAAGGUCCUUCAUCGCAGCCUUGCAUGGUUCAGCCAUGGAGCUCAAAACCCUAACAACCUCACCUCCGAAGCAGCACCACCACCGGCACCUCACUCCGCUCCGCCGCAGGGGAUUGCCGCUUUCGACCAAAGCAUGCCUGGUGUUUGUGGUUUUACUAUGUACUAUUUUCGGCUUGGCUACAUGUGACAGCUCUGGUAAUGGGUUGCAGAAAUUACUAGGAAAUGAUGAAUGUGGCUCAUAUGGAGAUAAGUUUGAUGCUCCUGCAGAUGGUUUUCUUGGUGGGACCCCCUCGGGCAGUGGAAUGCAGAGAGGCCAUUUCAACAGUGAGAGUGUUUGUAUGAGUUCUCUUUCCUUCUGCUUUCCGUCAACAUUACCUGGUUUUUUGGAGCAUAAGCUCAAACUUGCGGAUAGUGAAGUAUCUGGGAGUCACUCUGAUGGUCUAUCAUCUAUAGGAUCAACUGCAAACAACAAUGUGGCAAGUAACAAAAGUUGGUCCUCAGAUAACGGUAUGUUUAAGUUAUUUAAUGGGGGGAUAGUUUCUUGUUCUUUGAUCUCCAAAGAGGCUACUAAUGAGUUUUCAUCCCUUCAAACUGAUAGUGCUAAUCAAAAUGAUCUUUCUUCAUGUAGAGGGCCUUUGCUCUAUCAGAAAAGCACAAGUUAUAGGUCAGAGAAGACCACUGAGAUGACCAAAUCUAAUUCUUUUGGUGGUUCUUCCUCACCCCAUGUAGAAAUUAUGCCUGCUGUGUUAGAUUGGGGACAUAAGUAUAUGUAUUUUCCGUCCUCAACUUUCUUAACUGUGGAAAAUACAUGCAAUGACAGCAUUUUGCAUGUUUAUGAGCCAUUCAGUACCGACAUACAGUUCUAUCCUUGCAAUUUUAGUGAGGCUGUGUUAGGACCUGGUGAAGUAGCUUCGAUUUGUUUUGUCUUCUUACCUAGAUGGUUGGGGCCUUCCUCUGCUCACAUCAUUUUGCAGACAAGUUCUGGUGGUUUCUUGAUUCAGGCUAAAGGAUUUUCCACUGAGUCCCCUUAUGGAAUGCACCCUUUAGCAAGCAUGGAUGUUUCCUCCAAGGGAAGAUGGAGUAAGAAUUUGUCUUUGUUUAAUUCCUUUGAUCAACAUUUUCAUGUGGAGGAAAUAACUGCAUGGAUAUCAGUGUCUCUAGAUCAUACUUCCCAUUAUGCAGAGGCAGCAUGUAGGAUCAGAAAAGAUCAAGGUCUUGGUGUACUGAAUGUUAAAGAUCGUCUUUUUGUGAGUACUGGUCAAGUUGGUUUGCCUCUGCUGGCAAUGAGACCCUUUAGGAACUGGGAUAUUGGUCCCCACAGCAGUGAAACUAUCAUAGAAAUAGACUUUUCCAUUGAAUCUAGAGGAAAAAUCUUUGGUGCAAUUUGUAUGCAGUUGCUAAGAUCUUCAGAGGACAAGUCUGACAUCGUUGUGCUUCCUUUUGAAGCUGAAGUGGACGGAAUGGCAAUGAGUGAUGAUCUUGAAGGACCUAUCAUAGCAUCUCUUCAAGUUUUACACCCUUGGGCUGGCAAUGGUGCUGUUGUUGCUAUAUCUCUGAAAAAUUGUGCACCUUACGUUUUGAGAGUUCGUGAAGUAACUGAGAUUGCAGAGAGUAAAAUCUUUCAGAUGAAGCAAAAUGAGGGACUACUGCUCUUCCCUGGCACUGACACAUAUGUAGCCAUAGUUACUUGUACUCACCUGCAUGUUGAAGAUGCGCGAUGUAAAUUAAUUAUACUGACAAAUGACUCAAGCAGCUCGCCGAUUGAGGUUCCUUGUGAGGACGUUGUUCACAUUUGUUCUAGUCUCUGGAAAGAUUCGACUGUUGGAUAUGAACAUCAAUCUGAAAGGAGUGAAUCUGGUGAUUUAAAGAGACUGUUUUCUGACAGUACCAAGCAGCUUCCAUCAUCGAUCAUGGCCAUGGGUACAGCUGGGGAAGCAGAUGAAUUGGUGCUUCGGAACUGGAAAUCUCAUGAUACCAGGAGUGGCAUGUCUGUGCUUGAUGAUCGUGAGGUGUUGUUCCCAUUGCUUCAGGUGGGGAGUCAUUAUUCUAAGUGGAUCAAUGUAAAGAAUCCUAGCCAAGAGCCGGUUGUAAUGCAGCUUAUACUAAAUUCAGGAGAGAUCAUUGAUCAAUGCAAAAGCUCGGAUGGUCUCAUACAGCCUCCUUCAUCCGGUAGUUUAGUUUUUGAAAAAUCUCCUUCUCCGAAUAGGUAUGGGUUCUCGAUAGCAGAAAGUGCAUUGACGGAAGCUUAUGUCCUCCCUAAUGGUAGAGCAUGUCUUGGACCGUUAUUGUUUAAACCUUCAAGUCGAUGUGAGUGGAGGAGUUCGGCCUUGAUAAGGAACAAUCUAUCUGGUGUAGAGUGGUUACCUCUGAGGGGCAUUGGAGGGUCACUUUCUUUGCUGCUCCUUGAAGAAUCGGAACCUAUUCAGGGUGUGGAGUUCAACCUCAGCUUGCCAAUUCUACUCAACAUUUCUUACCCAGACAUGUUGCUCCAUGUGGAAGAUAAAACACUUUCUUGUUUACAGCCGUUGUCAAAAGAGCUCUAUGUUAAGAAUACUGGGGACCUGCCACUGGAAGUUACAAAAAUGAAAGUGUCUGGAAAAGAGUGCAACUUGGAUGGGUUUACGGUACAGCAUUGCAAAGGUUUUUCUCUUCAACCUGGAGAAUCAGCAAAACUUCUAAUUUCAUACAAAACUGAUUUUUUAGCACCAUUGAUUCAACGAGAUCUUGAACUGGCCUUAACAACUGGUACUUUUGUGAUACCCAUGAAGGCAAGCCUCCCAUUGUAUAUGCUCAACACAUGCAGGUCAUCAGUGUUCUGGACACGCAUUAAAAAAUACACUGGGGCAGUAUUUUUUGUGGGUUCCGUGAUGUUUCUGGUCCUAUGGUAUAUAUUCUCUCAGGUGUUCGCCCUUUCUUCCAAUGAUUGUUUGUGCACGAACAUAAGUUCCUUGGAUACUUCUACAAGUGUGGCAAGAAAACCACGUGACGUGCAUGGCUGUAGAAACAGUAAAUUGCAUGUGUCCAGUGAAAUAAAUAGCUUGCUAACAUCAUUUCGGGAAGAUAGAACGUUGAUGCAGGCAUGUGUUGGUGGAUAUACUCGGAAGCAGGCAGUGACCAUAGACCUGGAAAUGAAAAGGGAAGAAGGGAAGAAGUCUGAUCAUCGUGCCAAACAGAUCCUAGAACCUCCUAACCAAACACAUGAUUUGUCAGGGAGACCAAAGAAUAAAGGCAUAGCCUUCUCACUUGUGUCUGAAUUUGAGUUGCUUGAGAAUCCUGACAAACUAGAAGCUUCCGAACUGAGUAGCCUGACUGUUAAAACUGGAAAGGAGAAGGGAAGAAGGCGCAGGAAGAGAAAGAGUACUGGUUCCAAACUAGCAGGACUUCUUGAACUCUCAAGUAGUCAGAGUGGAAAUUCAACUCCUUCAUCACCGUUGUCUCCAGUCACAUCUGUAACUCCAAAGCAAAUGUGGCAACUAUCUCCUGAUGUGGGCCAAGCGGUUGUGGCUACGUAUCCUUUUACUCAUGGAUCUCCUCAACGCUGUCAGAAGAGUCAUGUUUUUAAAACUGCUUCGAAGUUAAACUUAUUAGAACCUGGGGAUUCUAUGAAGUAUUGCAAUAGCCGCACAACUUCUCCUUCUCAAGUGCAGCCUUCUGCCCCAAGAAAAACUCUGCCAAGACCUGUUUUGUUGCCUUCUGCCACCUUUCCUAGUGCCGGCAGGCUUUCACCUAUUAUGGUAACCUCUGUUAUUUCUCCACAUGCUAGAGCCCCUGGGUCCAAACUCUAUGACCGGAAAAAUAUCAGGGCAGAAGAAAAAGCUCAGCUUAAGGAUGAAUAUACAUAUGAUAUCUGGGGUGAUCACUUUUCUAGGCUAUUGUUGGGUAGGUCAAAGGAUACCAAUCCCCUGAGCUCCAGCAAUACAGAGAGUGACCCUGAUAGCUUCUUUGUAAAGGGCCCACAAAUCCUCAUGACAAAUUGCCCCCCAAGAUCUGUAAGUUCUUUCUAUCAAGAGGUUUAAUGAUAAAAAGUUUAAAAUAAUCUAUAUCUUUCUCUGCUGCCAGAUA